AGGUGCUAUAGCGAAUGCGAUUCCUCGAGUCAUGAACGAUGUUGCCUUCACCUCGCUGGCCACCCUUCGAACAUCCGAUGGCGGAAGCAUCGCGGUCUUCAAGGACGAGCUCAGUGCCUGCAGCGCGUACUUCAAUUCGCUCUUCAACGGGCCGCUAUCCAAGGCGAGCCAAGGCGACUUCCUCAUCCCCGGGGUGACCAGGGAAGAACUACUUGCUAUCGUUGCGUACGCCAGCACGGGAGACGUGACCAUCACGGCCGACAACGUCGAACACCUGAGCGUCGCGGCGGAUCAGCUACUCGUCGAUGGUCUGCUGGACGAGUGCUGCGCGUUCAUGUCGCGGAACGUGGAACUGAGCAACUGCGUCAGGGUCCUGGAGAUGGCACGCUUCUUCCACCUCGAAUCGCUGCGCAAGCAAGUGCUUCGCUUCCUGCUCGACAACUUCGAGCGGGUGUACUCGGAAAAUUGCCACUUUCACGGCCUGAGCCUGCAGAACUUGGUCGACCUGCUGGCGUCGGACGAGCUCAAGGUACGCCGCGAGGAGACCGUGUGGGAAGCGGUCGUGUCUUGGAUCAAGGCCGAUCCCAGUGAACGCAGUGUUUGUCUGGACAAGCUGCUGCCGCACAUUCGUUUCUGCCUUAUGAAGGACAGCUAUCUGAAAAAGGUGGUGAUGCGCAACGCUUUCGUCUCCAAGAACACGCCUUGCAAGGCGAUCGUCAAGCGUUGCUACAAAAUUCAACAGUCCGGACGCGACGCGUGCCUCCUAAAUCCCACUCGCAGCAUGUUCGUGCAGCGGGUGCCUUCCGAGAUUAUGUUCGUGUACGGCGGCAUCCACCGCGGUUACAAGAGCAACACCUGGGAGGUGUACGACUACAAGACCAACGAGUGGAACACCGUGAAGACGGACUUCAGGCAGGACCUGAUCUUCGGCCUGCAGUGCGUCUCGGUGGGUCACAAAAUAUACGUCCUGGGCGCCGACAUCUUGAAGCUGUGCCCGUUCUGUUACUGCUUCGACGCGGCCGCCAUGGAGUGGUCGGCCAUAAAGCCGAUGAAUCAACUGCGGGCUUUCUUCGGGGUAGCCGUUCUCAGUGACUGCGUGUACUGCAUUGGCGGUUCGCCCAACGGCGUCGUCACGCUGGACACCGCCGAGAAGUACGACACCGUCACGGACACUUGGCGCAUCGUGGGCCGCAUGAACCAACCUCGGCUCGGCGCCAGCGCAGCCUCUUGCGCCGGCCGCGUCUACAUCGUUGGCGGCAUGUCUACGGAUAAGCUGCUUCGCUCGGCCGAAGCGUACGACCCCAAGACUGACAAGUGGACGAUAAUUGCGCCCAUGAAGAGUGAGCGUCUCUUUCAUGGCCUCGUUUCGUACAGGAACAAAAUCUACGUCAUUGGCGGGCUCUCGAGAAAGUCGAGCUUAUGCGAGGUCUAUGAUCCAAAGAGUGGUAAGUGGGCCAAGGGCUCCAAGACCAAGACCUUCACUGACAAGGUUGUGGCUGUGGUUUUGGACGACAAGAUUUACGCCAUAGGCGAGGCCAACCAGAAGGACUACAAGCGCUGCCUCGAGUACUUCUCGGGUGAUGACCGCAAGUGGCACGCAAUUCCGGGCUACGCGCCGCCGCGCUGGUUCUACACAGCCUGCGUGAUCAAGAAUCUGCCUAACGCUAUGGACUACAUCAACAGACCCAAGGCAAUUGAUUACAACUUUGCCUGCGCUGUGCUGUAA